CACAACAUCCAAGAUGGCUGCCACCAUAGCUUCCCUCGUUUCGUACGGUAGCGGUUCUGAUUCAGAAAAUGAGUCCGAAUCAAAUUCUGGUGUUGAGAAAGUGGAUCCAGCGGACCCGGAUGCCACGGCUCACCUUAAACCUCUCAAGUCUGCACCCACAAUGUCUGUGGCUCUUCUCGAUCUCGCUCCCGAGGUCGCCGUUAAGGAAGCGGUGGAGACUGGCACACACCUGGACCCUUCAUUGAAAGAAGUCACGUUUAACCCGACAUAUGAAACCUUGUUUGCACCAGAGUUAGGGCCGAUGAACCCGUUUAAAAGCCAGCAGAUGUCCGCCCCCAGGAACAUGUUAUCUGGCUAUGCAGAACCUGCUCACCUCAACGACUUCAUGUUUGAAUCGCAAAGGAGGACCUUCUCCACCUUUGGUUAUGCUUUAGAUCCAUCUGUUGACACACACCAGGUAACUCCCACCACUAAUAGCUACAUUGGCGCAGUGGAUGAGGCGGAGAAAAAUAAAGGGCUCACUGUGUUUGAGAGUGGAACAAAGAAGACAGAGAAAAGGAAAAAGAUCAAAGGUGGAGAUGCAGGAGAAAUUGAAGAGUUCCUUGGACCAUGGGCGAAAUUUAUAGAUGAGAAAGACGGGGCCAAACCAUCAGAGGAAGAGCAGAAAGAGCUGGAUGAGAUCACAGCCAAGAGGCAGAAGAAGGGCAGAAGCGAGGAAGAAGCUCCUGCAGAAGAGAAAACUGUUCUCCAUGUUAAAGACAUGUAUGAUUACCAGGGCAGGUCCUAUCUCCACGUCCCACAGGAUGUGGGCAUCAACCUGCGUUCUUCAGAGGCUCCGGACAAAUGUUACCUGCCUAAGAAACAGAUUCAUGUCUGGUCCGGACACACCAAGGGUGUCAGUGCCAUCAGACUAUUUCCUAGCUCUGGUCAUCUUCUGCUCUCGUCCUCCAUGGACUGUAAGAUCAAGUUGUGGGAAGUGUACGGCGAGAGGAGGUGUGUACGGACAUUUAUUGGCCACAGCAAAGCAGUUCGAGACAUUUGCUACAACAACUCUGGAACCAAGUUCCUCAGCGCUGCCUACGAUCGCCACCUGAAACUCUGGGACACUGAAACAGGCCAGUGUAUCUCUCGCUUCACCAACAGAAAGGUUCCGUACUGCGUCAAGUUCAACCCAGACGAGGACAAACAGGAUCUCUUCGUGGCCGGCAUGUCUGAUAAGAAGAUUGUUCAGUGGGACAUCAGGACCAAUGAGGUGGUUCAGGAGUACGACCGUCACCUGGGAGCCGUCAACACCAUCACCUUUGUGGAUGAGAAUCGCCGGUUUGUCAGCACGUCAGACGAUAAGAGUCUUCGAGUUUGGGAGUGGGACAUCCCAGUGGACUUCAAGUACAUCGCCGAGCCCAGCAUGCACUCCAUGCCAGCGGUGACACUUUCUCCCAACGGUAAAUGGCUGGCUUGUCAGUCCAUGGACAACCAGAUUCUGAUCUUUGGGGCCCAAAACCGCUUCCGACUGAACAAGAAGAAGGUCUUCAAAGGUCACAUGGUGGCUGGCUAUGCCUGCCAAGUGGACUUCUCCCCAGACAUGAGCUAUGUGGUGUCAGGAGAUGCGGAUGGAAAGCUGAACAUUUGGGAUUGGAAGACCACCAAGCUCUACCACAGGAUCAAGGCUCAUGACAAAGUGUGCAUCAGCGCACUGUGGCACCCGCACGAAACCUCCAAGGUCAUCACCUGCGGAUGGGAUGGACUAAUCAAACUCUGGGAUUAAAUAUGUCAUGGAGCGUGUUUCUGUUUGGGCAAGGGGUUCUGGGAAAUGGAACAGAACUGGUUCACUGUAGACAGACGGAAAGGGACAUUUUUGAAAGCCCUAAAGUGAGAGCCACAGGACUGGUAUCCAGUCUCAUUGUAGCAGCAUAUUUUUGUAUCUCGUCGUGAGAGUUCAAAUUAUGUAUUAUCUGUACAAAGAUGACCACAAGCAUACAUUCUAAAUAGUUUCUACUGCAUUUGGAAUAUUAGAGGGGAACCAUGACAUUAUUUCAGAUUGUUGUUGUUGUUGCAAUGUUCUUUGUAGCUUUUCUUUUGUAAUAUGUAGUAACCAUUAUUAAUUUUCAAUUGUAAGACCAUCGCUGUGUGGAAAUAAACAUGUACAUUUGACUUCUUAA